UUAUACUCUCCCUCAACCCUUCAUAUUUCAUUCACGCCAUGGCAACCCACGUGUUGUUUGAAUCAGCUUCCGGCUACGCCUUAUUCGAGCGAGUUCAGUCUGAAGAGAUUGGCGCCAAGUUGGAACAGGUCCAAAAGAACGUUACCGAUCUUGCCAAAUUCGGCCAAACUGUCAAGCUCAAGUCUUUCUCACCUUUCAAGAGCGCUGCUGAUGCUUUGGAGAAUGCCAACGAUGUCUCUGAAGGUAUCGUCAACGAUUCGUUGAAGGCAUUCCUCGAAUUGAACUUGCCCAAGCCUGGCAAGAAAUCCAACGUUCAAUUGGGUGUCUCUGAAAAGAACUUGGCCGGUGCCAUCAAGGGUGAAUGUGGAUUCGAUUGCACAACUGACGAAGUCGUUCAAGAAUUGGUGCGCGGUAUCCGUCUUUGGUCGGACAAGUUGUUGGCACAACUGAAGGAAGGUGACCUCGAAAAGGCUCAGCUCGGUUUGGGCCACAGCUACUCGCGUGCCAAGGUCAAGUUCAACGUCAACCGUUCCGAUAACAUGAUCAUCCAAGCCAUUGCCCUUUUGGAUCAGCUUGACAAGGACGUCAACACGUUUGCCAUGCGUGUCAAGGAAUGGUACUCGUGGCAUUUCCCCGAACUUGUCAAGAUUGUCAGCGACAACUACAAAUACGCCAAACUCGUCAAAGUCAUCAAGAACAAGUCGGACAUUAAGGACGAGCAUUUGGAACCCAUUGGCGAGGUUGUCGAUGAGGACGAAAGCAUCGCUCAGCAGAUUGUGGAUGCCGCACGCGCUUCCAUGGGUACUGAUAUUUCGCCCGUCGAUAUGAUCAACGUGUUGAACUUUGCCGACCGUGUCAUCAGCUUGGCUGACUACCGCAAGAAGCUUCACGAAUACUUGAUCUCCAAGAUGAGCCACGUUGCUCCCAACUUGGCUGCUUUGAUCGGCGAGGUUGUUGGUGCUCGCUUGAUCUCCCACGCCGGUUCGCUCACAAACUUGUCGAAAUACCCUGCGUCUACUCUCCAGAUUCUCGGUGCCGAAAAGGCCCUUUUCCGUGCUUUGAAGACCAAGGGCAACACCCCCAAGUACGGUCUCAUCUACAACUCUUCCUUCAUUGGUCGUGCCGGUGCCAAGAACAAGGGCCGCAUGUCUCGCUACCUCGCCAACAAAUGCACCAUUGCAUCCCGCAUCGAUUGCUUUACAGAACUUCCCUCUGACAAGUUUGGUCAAGCACUUCGACAACAGGUUGAAGAGCGCUUGGCAUUCUUUGACUCGGGUGCUACGCCUGAAAAGAACGUUGAUGUCAUGAAGCGCGUCAUUGAUACGCUCGACGAUGAAGAGAUUGCUCUGCCAGAGGAUAAGGAGGAGGCACCCGUCAAGACUGCUGGUGUCAAGCGUGCUGCAGACGAGUCAGUAGAUGCCGCCGAAGAGCCCCAGGAGAAGAAGCCAAAGAAGGAGAAGAAGGAAAAGAAGGACAAGUCCGAGAAGAAGAAGGAAAAGAAGGAGAAAAAGGAAAAGAAGAAGAAGAGCAAGGACUAAACAGCUAAAGAACGAAACACUCUCUUGUCUCUUUUCCGUUGUCAGUGUCUUUCUCUCCCUCUCUUAAAGUAACUAACUCUCUCUCUCUCUCUCUCUCUAUCUCAAACUCCUUCACGACUUGCAAAAGCCUAUUAUAAUCUUCUUCUUGUCUUCUUUUUUUGCGCAUUUUUUAUGAAGUUUUAUCUCUCUUUUUUUCUUUUCUCGCUUUAUAUUUUUCUCUGCAUUGCAUCCCACAUACGCACUCACUCUCUUGUAUACAAAUUAAACGUUUUUCCUUUCUGAUGU